AUUUUCUAGAUUGAUUCUUGGUAGAGAAUGUAAAGAUGGUCCUAGUAGAAAAAAUAAAGACAUGCAACGUUCAUGUGGCUGGUACCUCUUAAGGGUAAUUUACUUUUUCAUUUCUUGUCAUAAAUUUUCUUUUGUAUAUACAAAUCAUACCUUCCACAAGGUGAAUCAAUCAAUAUAUAUAUGUGUGUGCAAAGCCUAAAGGUUCAUUUAUCACUAUAUAUAACUAUCUUGCAUGUCUUGGAAGCAAUAUAUAACUACAAUCUACCAGUAAACUAAAACAACAAAUUCAAUAACAAAGAAGAUCAAUAUUCAAUGGCAUUUGCAUAUGAACAAUUUCUUCUUUUGUUGAUGGCUUUUUCAACAUGUUUCUCAUCAACUAGCAGCAAUUCAUCUGUUAAACCUCAAAGACUGGUCUCCAGACUCAUUCACCCAGGCUCAAUUCAUCAUCCUCACUACAAGCCACAUGCAACAGCUCAAGACCGAAUUCAACUUGAUAUCCAACAAUCAGCAGCACGUUUAGCCUACAUACAAGCAAGGAUAGAAGGUUCUUUGGUCUCUAAUAAUGACAACAAAGCUAGUGUUUCUCCCUCUUUAACUGCUAGAACCAUACUGGCCAAUAUCUCAAUAGGCCAACCCCCUAUCCCACAACUAGUUAUUAUAGACACUGCCAGUGACAGCUUCUGGAUCAUGUGCUCCCCUUGCACAAAUUGUGACAACCAUUUAGGNCCACUCUUUGACCCCUCAAAGUCUUCCACCUUUUUCCCACAGUGCAAAAUACCAUGUCUCUUCAAGGGUUGUAAAUGUGACCCUAUUCCAUUUCGUGCCUCUUAUGCAGAUGGCUCCACAGCUUCAGGAACAUAUGGUCGUGAUACUGUUGUCUUUGAGACAACUGAUGAAGGUACCUCUAAGAUAUUUGAUGUACUAUUUGGAUGUGGCCACUACAUUGGAUACGAUUCGGAUCCAGGACAUAAUGGAAUACUAGGACUAAACAGUGCAGUUGAAUCUUUGGCAACAAAAAUGGGUAGAAAGUUUUCUUACUGCAUAGGCAACCUGGCUGACCCUCAUUACAAUUACAACCAACUGAUAUUAGGUGAAGGGGCAGAUCUUGAAGGUUUUUCCACCCCUUUUCAAGUCCACAAUGGCUUUUAUUAUGUCACCAUGGAAGGCAUAAGUAUAGGGGAGAAAAUGCUUGACAUACCUCCAAGAACUUUUGAGAGAAAAGAGAAUGGCACAGGAGGAGUCAUCAUUGACACAGGCAGCACUAUCAGCUACCUAGUUGAUAAUGUGCAUAAACUAAUCUACAAAGAAGUUAGAAAUCUCAUUGGUAGGUCCUUUAGAGGAGCAAUAAUUGAAAAUUCCCCAUGGAUGUUGUGUUAUUAUGGUAGUAUCAACAAAGAUCUAGCUGGGUUUCCAGUGGUUACAUUCCAUUUUGCUGAAGGAGCAGAUUUGGCUAUGGAUUCUGGAAGCUUUUUUAGUCAAGUCAGUAAUGACAUAUUCUGCAUGACUAUAGGUCCAGCCAGUAACAUCGACAUUAAAAGUAAGCCUUCAGUUGUUGGAUUGUUAGCCCAACAGAGCUACAACGUGGGAUAUGACCUUGUUAAUAACUAUGUUUAUUUCCAAAGAAUUGAUUGUGAACUUCUUAGUGGUUGAUGAUUGUGAAUGUAUUCACAAAUCACAACUCUUGAACUCCAAUUUGAUUGAAUCCACAACAAAAGCAUUAUUUGUGCACUAACAAGGUAAAGUAAAUGGCAAUGCGUUGCUCUCAUGGCAUAUAUGGCUUUAAUUAUUUUGAAUUUAGAUACAAGACAUUAGAAGUUAUAACAACGCUUGUAUUCUGAGAAUCGUAAUUGUAUAGCUAUCCUCCAAGCUCAAAUAUAAGCAAAAGCAAAUGAUUCACACUAAAGAUAUAUUUGGAGCCAUUAUUCUUUAAAGACUUCCAAAAAAGUAAAAUAAGAAAUAAUAUAUCUAAAUCUGUGUUGUUGUUUAACUUGUACAAAAACUA